AUGGCAGAAAACGACGCCGUGGCUGUCGAGCCAGAAGCCGUGGACAACCCUGACACCAGUGCUACCAUGCAGGACACCUCUGUGGAAAGCACGCCAGAGCCUGUUGCCCCUGUUUCCCAGGACGAUCAGCCCAAGAAGCCCAAGAGGCUAACGCUUCAAGAAAGGCUAGCGAUGGCGGCGAAAAAGAAGAAAAAAGCUGCUGUCGAAGAGGCGCCAAUUGAGCCACUGCCGCCGGCCGAAACGGACGAAAUGGCCGAAAUCAGAAAAGAACUUGAAAAAGUGAAGCUUCACAGCCAGGAGCUCCAGGAACAAAACCGGCGGCUUGUCGCUGAAAGCAAGAAAACGGCUACAAGCGAUGCCGACAAAAAAUUGGCGGAAAAAGACGCCCUAAUCCAGCAAUUGAUGGAGGAAGGCCAGGCGCUUUCCGGCAAGGAGAUCAAGCUCCACGAGAAAAUCAGGGCCAUGGCGGCCACGAACGCCAAACUAGAACACUCUCUCAAGGACUACGCGUCGAAAAACGAGGAUGCGCUUCUCCGGCUUGAGGAGGUCGAGAGCAUCAUGAAAACACACAAGCUCAAGUCUGUGGACCAGCUUUUGGAGCUUUUGGAGACGAACGGGCGCAAGCUUGCCGAGGCCACAGGCGCUUUGGAGGCGGAAAAAUCGAAAAAUUGGGAGGCCAAGUACAAGGAGCAGCAGCGGCAGUAUGAGGCCGAGCUCCAGGAGAAACGCAAUGCACAGAAGGAGCUUGACGACGCCAGGCUAAAGCUCCAAAUGACCGAGCAGCAGCAGUCGCUAGAUGUUAGGCUGAAGGAGGAUACGAUUUCGUACUUGAAGGACGAGGUCAGCCGCUUGAAGGAAGAGAGCAGUCUUGAGAUUUCCCGUCUCGAGGCCAAGGUCGAGGCGCUCCGGCUGGAAAACGAAGGAUUCAUGAAAACACUGGUCACGGAGGCCACACCAACGGAGGCUGAGGCGAAACACAUUGCGUACUCGGAAUAUGCCAAGUUGUCUGAGGCUCACAAAAACCUUCAUCAGCAGUACGUUUCGUCUCAGGAAAACUGGAAGUUGAUUGAGCUGCAGCUUCUCAGCAAGGCCGAUGCGCUUCUGGAGCUGCUGAAUGCGUUGAAAAAGGCCAAGGUGAAGGCCCAGGGCGAAAUCAGAAAACUCGGUGGGCAGGUGACCAUGGCCAAGGAGGAAUUGGCCCAGGCUGUAGAGCAGCGGAAAGAGCUGGAAAAAGCACUCAAGGAUCUUCAGUUCCAGGUGUCGGUGAAGGAGGACGAUUACAAGGAGUUGGAGGCGAAGAAGGACGAGCUUCAGGCGAUUUUCAACACCGAUAGGCACAACUGGGAGCUCCAGGAGCAGAAGUUGAAGCAGAAUAUUGAAAAGCUUGAGGAGACGGUCCAAGAGCUUCGAGAACUGAAUAUGGGCGGCUCAAAUGUGGAUUCGUUUGCACAACUGCAGUCCAGAAAGCUUCGUGAUCUGGGGCUCCAUAUCAACAUGAAUGAGGAACCACAUACUCCCGGUUUGACGCCUGGACUUGGUCAGUUGAGCCAGCCAUCUUUCAACAAUCUGUUUGAAGCGAACAUGCUGGCUGUUUCACUCACGGAUCUUGAUCUGUUUGAGGCUACCGAGGGCCCAGUACCUGACGAUGCCCUGGUGUACUGGAAAAAUCUGGCUGAUAGAUCGGGUGUUCCCGCUGCUCAAGGAGGAAAGAAUAUACAGCUUCUCAGCAAAAUGAGUGCCAACAUCCGUCGUCUAGAAUUGGAGCUUUUGGCACUCAAAGAGGAGAAUGAGAUGCUUUCUUCCCAAAAAGACGAAGCCCAGCAGGAAAUUGUUGCCCAGCAGAACCUUAGUACGAAAUUGGCUCUGCUAGAAGAGGAAAUUGAACGGUUGCAAAAAGAGAUUGAAAAGAAGCUGGAGAGAGAGGCGACGCUCCUUGACGUCAUUGGCGAGAAAUCCAUGCUUGUGGAGGAACUCCGGGCCGAUGUAGAGGAUCUCAAAAAUAUUUGCCACCAACAGGUGGAGCAAAUGAUUGGAAUGGCGGAGAAGAAAUAA